AUGCAGCUUAUCAAGAAGAAUCACCAAGAGAUUUUUAACGACUCAUUAGCAAAGGAGAUUACCUCAAGCAGCGAGGAUCCGACGUCCUGUUUCGUGAUGAGAGCUCGUAGGAGGCUUCGUACCAGACUGAAAAGGAAAUCCUGCUCUUCUCCGCGAAAAGACGAUUCCGGCUCGUCCACGUCAAUAGCGGACACCGAAUCGUGGCCCACGGAGGAGCUGGACGAGGAGGAGGUGAUUCAUGUGGAGAUGGAAGACGGCUCCGAAGAAUUACUCCUGAAGGACAGCGCCGCUGCCAGAGAAAAGAAACGGAGUCGCGUAAAGAGAAUCCUCGCCGCACUCACGAAAAUUUCUUGGCUCGGAAAAGGAACAAAGACCGAUAGCGAGGGCGUACGGCAAACGGAGAAACCGUCUCUCAUAGACAGAAUAGUUCGAAUGCUUCCUGGAAAUCAAUCUGCCUCGCCCGCACGAACAUAUUUGCAAUCGGUUUCGAGAGACACGGCGUAUUUCGAAGUGAACGAGAACGAAGACUCGCAAUCGAUCGUCGUUCGUACGAAAGAUCGUAUUAAUACUUUAUCAGAUGCCAGAAUAUUAAUCGACAGUCAAAAAACAAACGACAAAUGGAGCACUUUGUGCUCUUGCACGUCGCCGAUAUCUUGUAAAACCAAAGAGGAUAGAAACAUCGGUCGGUCAAGUGUCAUGGAACAGAGCGACGAAAUAUCGAAUACGAACGGAUUGUCAGAAACAGACAAGGAACUGCUGACCAUCGAUUGGAAGACAUCCGAUCGAGAGGAAAAAGAUGUGAAAAGAUAUUGCGUCCGGGAAGAGCAGACCGAAAGGUUAAAAGCGAGAGAAAAAGCAAAAGCCGCGACUUCAAGAGCAAAUGAUGGAACUGAAUUGUACGAACCGUUAGCUGGUUUGGAAUUGUACGGCAUCACGUAUCGGGCAAAAAGGCGUGAGAGACCAACUGAGGAGAAAUUAACGAAGCAAUCGGAAACACGUGUUGACGAUGGAGAGAUGGCGGAAUCCACGGAACUCGAAGAAGGCAUUGAAAUAACGCAGAAAGGCACGCAGAUCGUAACGCGUGAAAUUGAAGGAUUCGCAGAAAUGUCUGAAAAGAGUGUUCAAACAAGUCUAGAAAAAUUCGCAAAAUACAGGAGGAACGAAGAGACGCUGUGUACAGAUGCCGAAAUUUCUCAAGCUUCCGGCGUGGAGAGACGACUAGAAAAGUGGAACAAUAAACGCAAACGUCGUAAAAAGAGUGACUUUGAUGGCAAUUUGUUGCGAGGAAAGCAAAAACUUCGCGAUAAAGCAACGUUAAUUAAAGAGAAGCAUUUUAAAAGAAGAAGAGAAGUGAAAACAAUUUGCGAUCGCGAUAUGCAAAUUUCGAGGCAAGAUCGUCAAACACAGUGCGCUUCUCAUGACGUUGGGGAAGACGUUGAAAGAAUAAAUCAAGAUGUCUGCGAUUCGAAUAAAUCAGAAGUCCGGUCUUGUGAUGUUCGGUCGCAAUUCAAGUCACCUGUACAAACGACUCACUGCUACGACUGUGAUUAUUUAUUGGAUCAACAAAAAUACAUGUGUCCGUGUAACGAGCACAUUAAGCACGACAGUUGUUACACAGAUAUUAAAACUAUUUAUGCAUCCAAAGUUAAAAAACUAAGUCUAUCAGAAACGAAACCACAGAAAAUAAGAAAAAACAGAUACGACGUCAAUAUGUGCGAAACCAGACUGGAGAUUCCUAUGUUGAAAAAAUAUCUGCCCGCGUAUCAAACGCCGGGGUUGAUAGAGGAGCUAAAGGAACACGACAGAAUGAAAUUAAUUCAGGAACGAGAAACCAGAAGAUGGGCGGCUUUGAGUGCCCUUCGAAGCACGAAGGGUUCUCUGUCAAGUGCCAAACCGAGAAACCGCGCAUCCUGUAAUACUUCUACUGCUAUGUACGAUGCUCGUGAAUUUACGGAUAGAUUAACUCCGGUCACCGCGAAGCUAACUGAGGUUAACACCCUCCCUUAUCAAGAAACGCAAACUUUUAAAGAUGUUAUAUGUGAGUUUCGGAAAAAGGCCGAAAUCGAGAGACCUUUAAUAUUGUUGUCGCAGCGCGCAGACAAAUGUAAAGAACUCAAGCAAUUAUUUCCCCGCAAAAUUGAGGAUCGUAAAGGAAUUACUGUCACGUCGAGGCUCGCGAAAGCAACUGUCGACAGAUUUAAGUGCAAACACAAAGAAAGAUGCAAUACUAGCUAUAAAGCGGAUCAACGAUAUCAAACCGAAUUAUUCAGCGAGAUAUCAUCGAUUUGCAGUUAUCCCUGUAAACAUCAUCAAUCCGGUAUUUCGACUUCGGCCGAUGAAACUACAGAUAACGAUAAUGCGCUAUAA